AUGCAAUGUUUCGUCGGCGAUUCCGGAUGUCGGAAGGACAUCGAACGUGCAUUUGGAGUGUUGCAAGCUCGAUUUAAAAUCAUCCGCGAACCUGCCCGUUUGUGGGACAUAACCGAUUUGGCUCUCAUCAUGAGGUCAUGUAUCAUAUUACAUAAUAUGAUUGUUAAGGAUGAACGAGAUACAUAUGCUCAACAUUGGACAGAUUAUGACCAAUAUGAGGCAAGUGAGUCUAGUACACCAGAGUCAUUCUCGACCGAGGUGCUACCUGCAUUUGCGAAUCAUGUGUGUGCUAGAUAUGUGAUUCGUGAUUCAAAUGUCCAUCACGAAUUACAAGCAGAUCUAGUCAAACACAUAUGGACAAAGUUCAGAAUGUUUCAUGAUUAA